AUGACCGUGGGAGAGUAUAAAGCUAAGUUCCAAGAGUUGAUGAAAUAUUGGCCUCACUAUCAGCAUGGUGAUGGAGAGGAGGAUUCGUGUGCUCAAUUUGAGCAUGGAUUGAGGCCAGACAUCCGGGCUACAGUCAGUGUGUUUCAACUGAUAGACUUGCCCACUCUGGUGAGCAAGAGCAGAAUCUUUGAAGCUAACUCAAGGGGGAAGACAGUGGACACUAGGGGAGCCGGCCCAGUGAGGCAAGAUAGAAGACCCCCUAGCUUCUCAAGGGGACCGUAUUCGGGUUUGAACAGCUCUCAGUCUCGAGGGAGUUCAUCUCAAGAAAGGAGUAGUGGAAGUGGUUUAGGAUCAAGCUCUUUCAGAGGGCCGCUUAAGUGCUUCAGCAAUUGUGGAAAGUUAGGGCAUGUUGCCAAUGAGUGCUGGGCCGCUAAGAGAAGCGGUAGUGCAAGUGCAUCCCAGAGGUCGGAAUCAAGAGAAAGUAUAGGGCCAAGUACAGGACAAAAGCUGAGCUUUCCUAGUAGAGUCUUUGCUAUGAUCCGAGGUAAGUGCAUUAUUAAGGGUCGAUUGCUUAAUGUGCUGUUUGAUUCGGGUGCUAUGGACUCCUCUAUAUCUAUGGACUGUGUGAAGAAUCUAAAUUUGUAUGUGACUGAAUUGCCGUGUAAUGUUGUGGUGACUACCCCUAUGGGUAAGCCGACUGUGACAUCAUGGGUGUGUCUGGGGUGUGCAAUAAUGGUACACAGUAGGGAGUUUGAGGUGGACUUAAUUUGUUUACCUCUUUCUCAACUGGAUGUUAUUCUGGAAAUGGAUUGGCUUGCUGUCAACCAUGUGCUGUUGGACUGUAGGAAGAAGACUUUGAUCUUCGGUGCGACAAUGACAGAGGUUCCAAAGCUUAUGAGCCAGGGAGCGUGGGAGAACAUAGUAAACGCCAAGGCUUUCAUGGUUAUGUUCUCAAUGGAAACCAAAAGUGUGGUGGAGCCAGAGUAUAUUUUGAUGGUGAGGGAUUUCUUAGAGAUUUUUCCCGAAGACGUUUCCGAGCUGCCACCUGAGAAGGAAAUAGAGUCUGUUAUUGCCUCAUUCCGGGAGCAAGUCCAAUUUUUGUGGCGCCUUACAGGAUGUCACCAGUGGAGUUGGCAGAGGUCAAGAAGCAAGUAG